AUGCGUACUACUUUGUUUGCUUUGAGAUGAGAAAACAAAAUGGCGACCGCCACGCUGAGCGACGUGGUUGCGGCAGUCGAACUUGAAAUCAGUUGUCCCAUUUGUUUGGAGGACUUCGAAGAACCUAAGUGCCUUCCAAAUUGCGCUCACAAUGUCUGUCAACAUUGUCUUGAGGGAAUGCUGAGGAAGAAGAAAGAUUUUGUAGAAUGUCCUGUAUGUCGCAUCGAGUCCGCUAUUCCUCAAGGCGGUAUUGCUGCUUUCCCAAAAAAUCACCUCAUUGUUCGCUUGAUCGAGCGUACACCUGGAAGAAAGGAGAAAGAGGCCAUCAAAGAAGCUCUUAAAACUUGUAAAGGUAAAUUAGAAGGUGCCGAAACUGCUCUGAAGGAUAUGGAAGAUCGCUAUGUUACUUCCAGAAGUAAAGCACAAGAAAUCAAACAGAAGAUAAAGUCGAUCGCCGAAGAUGUUAUCACAAAAGUACGGGAACACGAAAGCAGAAUACUCGAUGAAAUUGAUCAAAAAUUGACUCAGAAUCGCAAUGAGGUAACGUUUGAAACUCAUAAAUCCAAUGCCACGGAGCUUUGCGAAAAUGCCACAAGCUGUAUUCAGACUGUUGAGGACAUACUGCAUAAUGGUGAGGUAAGCGAUCUGAAAGAUCUCAAAGACGCCCUUAUCGAAGAGUUACACGAAUUCUCGGAGUCCUUGGAAUCACGAAAGUUUUGGGCAAACUGUGAGUUCACUCAUCCAUUUGAUGUGUCAUUGUCUAAUACUGACCCAGUUGAUAAGUUUCUCCAGAAUGACUGUUCGUUAGGCAAUCUGCGUAUAAACACGGCUUCAGAUGCAGAUCUGGAUUCUGCCUCAGCAGCUGAAGAGAUUCCUGAAGUUUCUGUUUUCUCAGGUGUUUGUUUUGAUACACCUGUUGAUGUGAGAAAUAUGGACUUCUCAAACUGUGGUACUUUAAUUCAGACAGUGGAUAACUUGACUUGUGAAUUACAAAAAUUUAACCCCUUCUCAGUUGCAGUGGCCAGGAAUUCAGGCCAUUUUGUAGCACUGGAUGAAGAAUUGAAAAAUGUUCACAUCUUCAAUGAGGAAGGAGAACAUUCUAAGAGAUUUCGUAUCAUGUAUGGUGACUUGUGGGACAUUGGUGUUUCAAAUGAAAAUGAGAUAAUUGUGUUAAAUCGGGAAAGCAACCGAAUCUUGCAUUAUGAUAUGAAUGGAAACUUUCGGAAAAAAUUUGUGACUCCUCCAAGACAAAAUGUGAAGUUUACAUCUAUAUCUGUUGACAUGCAUGGACGGUUUGUAAUCACCUCUAGUCCAUGUUAUGAAGAAACUCAAGAAGAUACUGAACCUUGCAUUCUAGUAUACAAUCAAUCAGCAAAACUUACAAUGUCAUUUGGAGAUGGGAUUCUUUUAUCACCCCAAAAAGCAGUAUUUCUCAAUGGUAAAUUUUUUGUGGCUGAUGCUGGGAAAGAGAGCAUUGUAGUCUUUGACAAGAGUGGGAUAUUUCUCGAAGAGAUUGCCAAAGGUUGCUUGGAACAUCCAUGCAGUGUUGCUGCUGAUUAUACCCAUGGAAAUAUUGUGGUUUGUGACCGUGGAAAUCCUUCAGUAAACAUAUAUAGUCAAACUGGGGAGCUUCUGCACCACCUUCAAUUUGAGGAUAUUCCCUUGCAAGUUGCUUUUACCAAGAACUUUGAGAAUCUACUUAUUUGCUUUGAGGUUGAUAAUGGCAACAAGAAUAUACAGAUGUUGACAUAUUCAUAGAACAGUAUAUCUGAGUAAUCAUACUGUGAACACAUAUAUCUACAUGUAUGUAAUAAAUUAACUUUUUCACUCCCAUGAGUUGCCUAAAACAAAUUUCCCCCCAAGAUAUCAGUAUAUUUUCAAGCAGCAAGGCAAUGAGAAGACAGAAAAACACUAAUUUAGAAAUAAUGUUUAAUUUGACACCAAUUUUUCUGCCAACGUUCAAGGAAAAGUUGAGCCAACAGUGUGGAUAUUCAAUAUGUAGAUCCUGGGGGUGAAACAGUGAAAAAUAAUUGUCUUUGUAGCUAAGUUUUGUUGAUAAAGAUCUUUUUUCAGCUUGUAUCUAUUUAUUAUUAUGAUCUAAAACAAAAGAGAGAUAUUAUUAACCAUGGUCUAACACCUUUAUAUCAGGAAGAAAGUUUAACUGAAAAAGCAUACUUUAAAAGCAGCAGAUGAUACACUCUAACUGAAAUAUAAAUGUGUUAUCAAGGUGUAGAAGAGCUGCUCCCAUAGAACACCAAUUGAUAGGAUUGUUUAAAUUUUGGCCGCACAUCUUUCCACCUUGAAUAAUGAACACUGCAAUAAAGUUAUUUAUGUGUUCUACUUAUAGUUUUGUUUUGAAGAGUGUCACCUGUGUUCUAUUGUACGGUUAGCUUGGAAAAUAGGUUAAAAACAACCCUUUUCUUUUUCAUCCCUUCAGCUCCUAUUGAAAGUUUCAUGAGUAUUUGAUAGUCUAGAAUUGCUAUUGGCUCAUCCUCAAGCAACUAUUAUGCAUCUCUGACAUUAAAAUAGCACAUUUUUAACUUUAGAAAGUGGGUAACACUGUUCAUAUCAGAUUUGUUGAUCAUACAAAUAGCUACUGUAUUUUCCCUCCAAUCAGAAAUUAUUGUAAGCUCUUCUUCAUGUUUAGUUGGGAAAAUAUAUUACAUUACACUAAGCCAGCUAAAACAUAACUUACAUUUGUCUAUUUCAUGUAUUAGAGAGUGUGAGUUCUAAUGUCUUUUUACUGUUGAAGAGCAAAUGCAGCCAUAUUUGACCUGAACCAAUGAGUUAACGCUUUAAUUCCUAGAAGUGAUUGACUUGUAACUUCCCCUUAUAAUAUCCAUACAUUAUCACCAAAGCAGUAAUGAGAAUACUUAAACUCAUCAAGUAGAAGUGAUUAUCUUGAUCUAACACCAAAUUCUUGUAACUAAUUCACAAGGAAAUGUGUAGGAGCUAAAGGAGACAAUUAACAAUCAGACAUGUAGAAAUGAUUUUUUGAGAGCCACAAAAAGAAUACUCAAUUUCUGGCUGCUAUUUAUCAAGAGCCUUAACCCUUUAACUUCCAGAAGUGAUUAAAUGUAACUUCUCCCUAUAACAUCCACACAUCCAGCUAACAUGUAAUAAGAAUACUCAAGCCUAUCAGAAAGAAGUUAGUGGUCUUGAUCUAACACCACAUUCUCGUGACUUAUUUACGAGGAAAUGUGUAGCAGCUAGAGGAGAGAACUAACAGCCAAAUCUUGGGAGUUAAAGGGUUAAAAACAAACAAACAAAAUAGAAUAAAAGGGGUAAGUUUCUAAAGAUACUGUGGUGCUGCGUCGGUGGGAGAGUAUAGCAGGUAAUUUAGUGUUAACAACUGAGUUGAAAACGUAAAUUGGCCACCGUAAAGGGUAAAAAAGCUGACGUUUCGAGCUUUAGCCCUUCAUUAGAGCGAAAUAGAAGUCAAUGAUAGCAGAAAAAGAGAGAAAAAAAAGAAAAAAGAGAAGUUAGUAAUAAUGAUAA